GCGCGGAAAGAGGAGCGCGAGGAAGAAGGACUGACGGCGAGGAGCGCGCGCACGGGAACUUCUCAUCCACUCCACAGACCAUCCGAUCAGCCUCUGGAUCAUUCCUUGAAGAUGCCGGUGCUGGAGCGAGAACCAUCCAGAGACAGCCAUGGCCUACCCACACUACCUGUCCCGGACCUGCAGCAAACCCUGACUUCCUACCUGAGGUGUGUGAAACAUCUCGUCCCUGAGGCCCAGUUUCAGAAAACCAAAGCCAUGGUAGAGAAGUUCGGCAAACCAGGAGGAACAGGAGAGAUGCUCCAGAAAAAACUGCUGGAGAGGAGAGAAAAGACCAAGAACUGGGUUUAUGAUUACUGGCUGGUGGACAUGUACCUGAACAACAGACUCGCACUUCCUGUUAACUCCAGCCCCGUCCUGGUGUUUCCCAGACAGGACUUCAGAGACAGAGAUGACUCCCUCAGAUUUGCUGCUCGUCUCAUUUCAGGAGUGAUGGAGUAUAAGACCAUGCUGGACAGGAGGACUCUACCCCCGGACUGUGUUCGAGGUCAGGAGGCUGGCGGUGAGCUGUGUAUGGAGCAGUAUUACCGUUUCUUCACAUCAUACAGGCGACCUGGACUGAAAAAAGACUCUCUGAUCACACAGAGCAGCACAGGAGCCGAGAAAACUCCUGAAUUCGGACACGUCAUAGUGGCCUGCAACAACCAGUUCUUCGUGUUAAAUCUGAUGGAGAAAUCACGGAGGCUGGACGAGAGUGAUGUCCUCACCCAGCUGGUCAGGAUCAGUAAAAUGGCAGAGAAGGUGGAGGAGAAACGCCCCCCCAUCGGCCUCUUCACCACAGACGGCCGGACCGAGUGGGCUAAAGCUAGAGAUGUGAUGCUGAAAGACCCAGUGAAUGGCGAGUCUCUGGAGCUGAUGGAGAAGUGUGUGUGUGUGCUGUGUCUGGAUGAACCCACUGGAGUCCAGCCCACCGACUCGAACAGAGCGGCUUUCAUGCUGCACGGCGGCGGUCAGGACAAGAAUGGCGCCAACCGCUGGUACGACAAGUCCGUGCAGUUUGUGGUUGGUGCUGACGGUGUGUGUGGAGUGGUGUGUGAACACUCACCGUUCGAGGGGAUCGUCCUGGUCCAGUGUACUGAAUACCUGCUGAAGUACAUGUCCAGAAGCCCAAGUAAACUGAUGAUGAGUGCGAGCGAUCUUCCAGCUCCACAAAGACUCUCCUGGAAUUGUUCUUCUCAGAUCCUGAGCAUGCUCUCAUCCGCCGUUAACAACCUUCAGAGGCUGGUGAGGAACCUGGAUAUGGAAGUUUUCACAUUCCGAGGUUACGGCAAAGAGUUUAUCAAGAAGCAGAAGAUGAGUCCGGACGCUUUCAUUCAGGUGGCGCUACAGCUGGCCUUCUACAGAUGCACCAGGAGGUCAGUCUCCACCUAUGAGAGCGCCUCCACCCGUCGUUUCCUCCAUGGCCGCGUCGACAACAUCCGCGCGUCCACGGCUGAGGCGCUGCACUUCUCCAGAGCCAUGACAGAUGAGGAAGUGUGUGUGCAGGACUCAGAGAAGAUAGAGAGACUGAGGAAGGCUGUAGACGUACAGACCCACAACACCAAGAUGGCUGUUACAGGAUUUGGAAUCGAUAACCACCUGCUCGGCCUUCGGGAAAUGGCCCGCGAGCUGAAGAUGGAAACUCCAGACAUUUUCACAGACGAGACGUAUCUCCUGAGCAACCAGUUCAUCCUGUCCACUAGUCAGGUUCCUACAACAAUAGACAUGUUCUGCUGUUACGGCCCGGUGGUUGCUAACGGUUACGGGGCGUGCUACAAUCCGCAGGCUGAACACAUCCUGUUCUGCGUGUCCAGUUUCCGUGAGAGUGUGUCCACCUCAUCUCUGCUUCUGGUCAAGGCUCUAGACCAAGCGCUUAUGGACAUGAGGGAGCUGUGCAAUAGAUGCAAUGCUGUUGGUCAGAAUGAGGGUGGGGCUAAGCCAGCUAUGCCCAGGAAGUAGGUCAUGAUAAGAUACCAGGCUACAUAUAUCUUGUUGCUAUUGUUUUUAUUGAAAUACGAUCACUCUGUUUUUGCUAGCUAGCUUGUACUCAGAUCUCUCUAAUGAAUUAUCGAUGAUUAUAGCACUGAUGAUUAAAACAUAUAACCAGGUUAAGUUCAAAAAGUUAGCCAGCUAGUUAGUGAUUAAACUUCGCAUGAAAUGAAGUGCAUGCUAGAUACCGUAGAAGCCUCGGUGCAUGAAUCCCACAGUCACUUUCACAGGAUACUAGCACUUUCACAGGUUACUCCCUAACAGGUAAAAGCUAAUAUAUAUAUAUAUAUUAAGCAACAUAAUAAACCAUGCUAAAAUGUCAUGCAAAUAUCAAAGACAAAUGUGUGAAUUCUGUCAAGAAUCCUGGCUCAUCAGACAGACAGAGCCUAUAGAUUAUUAAUAUAGGAGGAAAGAGAGGGAAAAAAGCUAAUAUGAUUUGCGCGUCCAGUUGAAGAUACGUAGCGCUAAUUCUCUUGUCACUUUUGUUGUUAGUGUGAUAAAAGCCGUCCUGUUUAACAGCAGGAAACCACGUGUAGAUACUGUGAUGGCCUAAACACUGUGAUUCUCAGUCGUGCCAUUAUCACACCCGGAGUUGAUUCCUGUUGUACGACGUAUAAUAAAAGCAAGUGAAAGGUGGAAGGGUUUUUUUUAUAAAGCGGGAUAUGGGCAGAACUUCCAGUUAGCAGUGUUUCAGAGGUCCUGAGUUUCCUGAGUCUUGCAUUUCCAAGGUCUUGUGUUUCCAGGGUCCUUUAUUUUUUGAGGUCAUGAAUUUCCAGGGUCCUUUAUUUCUCAGGUCAUGAGUUUCCAGGGUCCAGGCUUUCCAAGGUUCUGUGUUUCCAGGGUUCUGUGUUUUCAAGGUCUCAUGUUUCCAGGGUUUUUUUUUUUAUUUCUGAGGUUGUGUUUCCAGGGUGCUGUGUUUCAAUGGCCCUGUUUUUCUAGGGUUCUGUGACUCCCGGAAUUUAUUCCUGUUGUACAACAUAUAAUAAAAGCAAGUGAAAGGUAGAAAGUUUUUUAUAAAGCAGGAUAUGGGCAGACCUUCCAGUUAGCAAAGUGUUAGCUGUGUAUAGAGUAGUGGCUUUUUCUUUGAGUCUUAUGUUUGCAUGGUCCCAAGUUUCUUAGUAAAUCAGGUUGCUAUGGUUGUCAGGAUUGUAUGUUGCUAUAUUUCUAUGUUCCCAGGGAGCUAUGAGAUCAGGGUCUUCAACUUUCCAGCAUUCGUGAUAGAACACUCCCAGAGCCUCCUUUUGCCUUAGAUUAGUAAGUGUUUCUGGGGCCUGAUAACGGUGUACUCUGACCCCUAUACAUCUAUAUGUUUCAUAGCACCUGUGACUGAAGUGUCCUGUAAUACUGUGCAAUUGUCUUUCAAUAAACACAAGGUAAGUUAUACAGGAUAUGGCUUCAGAAAAAAUUCAGACAAAAUGUUUCUACAAAAAUAAUAUAGUCUAAAGAAUAAGAAAUAGUAAUGAAAUAAACAAAUUCAGUAAUUGGUGUGACAACCCUUUGCUGAGUAGUCUCAGGUACACAGGUUUCUCAGGAAAUUGGUGUCUUUGGCAUCACAGAGGAUUGAAAAUAUUUCUUCUGAAAAAUUUGACUUUUAUUUUUUAUCUGAAAACUAGUGCGUUAUGCAGUAUGUUGCUUCUUGACUGGAAUGCAAACUUCUUUUGUUGUUUUUUUUUUGCUGAAAACUAUCGCUGAAUGCAGAGGUCCUUAGUAAAACUGGUGUUACAAAAUUAGCCUAAGACUUUUGCACAGUAUACUACAGUAUUGUAUAGUCUCAGGCCUUAUGUUCCCUUAGAGAUUAUGUCUAGGGUGCCUAUAUAUCCAGCCCCAGAACCCUAAGUUCUCAGCACUCUGUGCUCUAUGAGCAAUAUGUUUCCAGGAAUCUAGGUUUCAAGUGCUUUAUUUUUCCAAGGUCCUGUAAUAGCAGGGUAAUGCCUUUCCAGGGUCCUGUGUUUCCACAGUUCUUUAUUUCUGGGGUCAUGUAUUUUCAAGGUCCUGUGUUUCCAGUGUUGUGUGUUUCUAAGGUCUUGUAUAGGUCUUGUAUUUCCAAGGUCCUGUGUUUCUAGAGUCUGGUAUUUCCAAGGUCUUUUGUUUCCAAGGUCCUGUAUUUCCAAGGUCUUGUGUUUCUAUAGUCCUAUAUUUCUAGGACUCUGUUUUUACAAGGUCCUGUGUUUUCAGAGUCCUGUAUUUGCAAGGCCCUGAGUUUCCUGGACCUUGGAUUCCCAUGGUUCUGUGUUUCCAGGUUCCUAUGUUUCCAAGAUCUUGUGUUAACAGGGCCCUGUGAUUCUAAGGUCCUGUGUUUUUAGGGUCCUAAAUUCCCAGGGUCCUGUGAUUUCAAGGUCUUAUGUUUUCAGGAUCCUGUUUUUCUAGGGUCCCAUGGUUUAGUGUUUUGUGUUUCCAAGGUCCUGUAUUUACAGGGUCUUUUGAUUUCAGGGUAAUGUGUUUCCAUGGUCCUGUAUUAACAAGGUCCUAUGUUUCCAAGGACCUGUGUUUCAAGAGUCCUGUGUAAGGCUCCUAUGAUUACAGGGCCCAUGUUAUUAGGGGUCUACAUUUCCAGGGUCUGAUGAUUCUAGAUUCCUACGUUUCCACUUGCGGGCAUUUCUGUUGGAAGUUUUGCACUUAUCCUGCACAAGGUAUUAUGAGGCACUUGCAGUUAAUUUGUAUUCUAAAGACAAUGUUGCCAAAUGUGUAAAGAGUCACUGAUUAUGUGCCACAAUCCAUUAGCAAAAUGUGAAUAUGUGGAACUAGAAUAGAAAAUUUGCCAUAUCAACAGUUUCAACAUUUUUUAGAAUAACAAAAUGAUCAGAUCUGUUAAUUAUAGCUAUUAAAGCAAAUACAGUGUCAAUAACAGUUAAGUGCUAUUAUCAAGAACUAAAAUGAUUGCAAAGUUAAAAUCAAGCAAAUUGCACUUGGUUAAAAUAGUAUAUAUGUUGUAAAGACUAUAAACAGUGUGCAUCAAAAUAGAUCCAGCAGUUUACUAUAAUGUUAUGUGAAAUUAUAAAUCUAUUUUUGUUGUUGUCAAUAAAACAAAACAAAACAAAAUACACAGCAAUAAAUUCAGAUAUAAACCUAUUUAUUAAUGCCAUAUGUGAGCUGUGUGUGUUCCUGUCACAUGUCCAUAAUUAUGUAUUUAAAAAUAUUUUAUGUUAUAGAUCAUGAUAUCUUGUGACUUUGUGACAUUUGUUAGAAAACACAUCCAUAUAUAAUUAGAAAAUAUAUUUCUGUUUGAAAACAUUUCAAAAUGUUUGUUUGAAAAUAUGUCCAUGUAUUGUGUAUAUAUAUGUUUUAUGUAUUCAUUGCUCCCCCUUUGAGCCUCACCCUGUUCCUUGCUCCCCUCCUUUGGCCUCGCCCUGUUCCUUGUUCCCCUCUUGGGCCUCACCCUGUUCCUUGCUCCCUUCUUGGGCGUUGCCCUGUUCCUUGCCUCGCCCUGUUCUUUGCUCCCUCUUUGGGCCUUGCCCUGUUCCUCGCUCCCCUCUUGGGCCUCGCCCUAUUCCUUGCUCCCCCCUUGGGCCUCGCCCUGUUCCUUGCUCCACCCCUGGGCCUCACCCUGUUCUUUGCUCCCUCUUUGGGCCUCGCCCUGUUCCUUGCUCCUCUCCUAGGCUUUGCCAUGUUCCUUGAUCCCCUGCUGGUCUCGCUAUGAUUCACGGAGUACCCAGAGUACUUAGAGUUCCCCAGAGUUCCAGGAGUACCCAGAGUUCCAGGCCUGCUGUGCCUAGAUUCGUGUGACAGUUUAGUUGUUUUUUCCUAAAUAAAGAAAUUCUGCACUUGCAUCCACCUUCAGCCCCAAUCCAUGACAUAAAGCUAGACCCACAAUGGAUGCAGCAGAAUUUUGGAAAUGCUGGAACGAACAUGACAAGCAGUUUCAGGAUAACCAAAAGCACCUCAUGGCUCUCCUGGACCAUAUGACUGCCAAGUCUGUAAGAAAGCAACUACCCACCCUCCCUACCCCUCUUUGGAUAUGACUCCAGAUCCUUGCAUUGUGGAGGUCCCGGCUCUGUGGAAAAUGUUGCUUCACCCCCCUCUGCCACAGGGGACAUUGCUCAACUUCCUGGUCCCAUGGAGAAUGUUGGUCUGCCCACCUGACCUCCAAGGGAUGUUAACCCCCCCACACCCUGCCCCAUUGAAGUAACCACUCUGUCUCCUCACUCAGCCAAGGAUGUCGCCCUGCCACUUUGUAUGGUUGAGGAAAUCAUUCUGCCCCCUUGUGUGGCCGAGGACAUAAUUUUGCCCCCUUGCAUGGCUGAAGACAUCAUCCUGCCCCCUUGCAUGGCUGAGGAUGUCGCUCUGUAUCACUGUAGCUGCCUUGCUUUGCUGUUAUCCUCAUUUCCCCUUGUUGUGUUCCUUGCUCACCCUGGUCUUGCUGUGAUCCUCGCUCAACCCACAGUUCCAGGCCCGCUCAAGAGUUGGUAUGUCAGGAGCCGUGCUUGGAUGGGGGCUCUGUCACAGAUAUUUGGACCGCCAGAGGGCAACCCUGCAUGUUUUAAGUUCAUGCCUUUUUGGUUGUAUGUUUCAUUUUCUUCUGUUCACUGUGCUCACCUGUUCUUUGUUUGCUGAUUAGUUACCUUAUUUAAGAUUCUGGUUUUUCACAUUGCCCUUGUCUGGCUUCUGUUGAUGUCACAUCGUUUGCUGGUCUAAAGUCUUGCCUUAGUCUUCGUGUUUUCCAACCUUGAACCUAGUUAUUAUGUUCUGUUACCUGGGUUUGCUACCUAGUUUGCUAGUCACAGUUUAGUUAUUUCUGCUCCUUAAUGAAGAUAUUCAUUCUCCUUCAGCCCUGAUUUUUGGCAAUAAAAUAUUCAAAAUGUAGGUUGGAAAUUCCAGGACAUGUGGUAACUGGGGACCUCUUUACAGGCUUUAUUUUUGUUCGUUUAGAAACACAACAAAAAGAAAACAAAAAAGUAAAAUAAAACUUCUGAAAGGUUUAUUUCUACCUUAUGUCCUGUAGUAAGUACAAAUAAGUUUAUAUAUAUUUUAACAAAGUUUUAAGGUAACAAGCUAUCAUGAUCUACAACAGAGCUUUAAAACUUUACUAUGUUUUCCUUUUCACAGCAAAACAGUAAAUGUCUAAAUAUGAAAUAAAUAAAUGUAUGUUUAGUGUGUCAUGUAUUUUAACAAAAAAAAUUAAGGUAAAAUUUACUUUAUUUUGUUUACUUAUUCUCUGAUGAAACAGAUUACAAAUGAUCUAAACAUAUGUUUAUAUUAAAACACAUAAAUGUGUAAUUUAUUUAUUAUAUAUUUUUACUCAUGUAAUAAGUAAAUUUUAAUUUAUUUCUCUGUUAUUGAAUUAUGCAAUACAAGUUAAUCAUUUAUUAGGGGUCCAAGCACUUUAUGUGCAGGAACACUGUUGAUUUCACUUGGGAGUCCAAGCAUAUAGUCACUCAGAAUUCAUUUUUUAAUCUUAUUCCUUGGCUUAAUAUGAAUUUAUGGAAUUAUAUGUGGAAACAUAUAAUCUCUCAGCAGUGUUGGGAACAUCAAUUAUCAAAGAAAUGUUGACAUUCACUGAAAACAUCAGUCAGUCAGUUCUAAUGAUCAGAGCCAAAAUAUUUCGAACAGCUGUAACUCAUGCUUGUUUGAUUUGUACAAAAGGGAUGAAGACAAGUGGUCACUGGGGCGCUUUUAAAAGAGUGCUUGGACCCUGAAGUUUGCUGCUUGUGCUUUAUUUAUUUAUUUAUUUUGUUUAUAUUUAUUAGUUUGCUUGUUUACCAUAUUAGUUAUAUAUAAAUGUUAAUGUAAAUAGGUAUUUAUUUAUAUAUUUAAACAUUUGCCUAUUUAUUUGUUUGUUUCGCAUUACGUUAUAUAACGUUAGUUGUUUGUUUCACAUUGUUUAAAAUAUUUCAAAUAAACAAAUACAUUUAUUAUUUUUUGCACCAAUGUCUGUGCUAAAUGUUAAAUUAGAAUCUUACAGAAUCUCCUCGUCCUGUUUUAUUUUGAAUAUUGUAUUGUAUUAAAUGUGCAUAAAGUGUCCAGUUCAAUGUGUUAAAAUGUCGCUGGUGUUGGUCUGACCGUUGUUGUGUUAGUGUCAGUGUUGUCACAGUUUAUAUUUAUUCAUGCAAACACUAAAAAAUAGUCUAUUUAUUUUUGCACCUCUGUAAUUGUGUGCCAUGUAUUUUUUAAAUCAGAGUACAGAUUCUAUUUAAUUGUUGAAACCUAAUAAAA